CAAAAAAAUUAAUCUGUUAUUUUCAACGAUUGUGUUUGAUAUGAGCCAGAUGAAAAGCCAGGGGGAUCUGGGAUUAAGAACCCUGACCCCAACAGUCAAUUAUCAUGUAAAUGUCUUCCUCUGUAUGCAGAUAAGUUUAACCUCUUCAACAGGAUGCUUAAAUCAAACACAUCUCUUGGAUGGACAUGAUCACUAAUCCCUUUUUUUUUUCUUUUUUUUGUUAUCAAACUUUACAGCAGUCUGUCUGCACCAGCCUCUAUAUGCAAACAGCCCUCCUACAAAUCACAUUUCCUCCUCUGAUAUGCUUUCUGUCCCAUAGGCUCCUCUCUCAUCAGCCUUCAUCACAGGCUCAGAGUGAAUAAUUAACUGAAUUAUUCAGAGGCUGAGUGAUGCUUGCGAGGGGGAUCUCUGCUUACUGUGUCUUUAAAGUCGUGCAGAGGGGAGCCUGUACUAAAGAAAGGAGGGGGCUGCUGUGCGCCAGUUGGAGGUGUCCGCCUGUCGCAGCCGCUCGGGGUUGACAUUAAGAAGAGCGCAUGCAUGCUUCAGCGAGGAGAUAGGCUCCAGCUACCAAAAAAUUAAAACCACUGAUUCUGAGAUUGAACUGGUUCCAGGCAGAUACUCAUCACAGCGAGGAUUCAUGGAUGGGCAGAGAGAUAUUGCAAUCGGAAUUAACUUGUCAGCCGGUGAGAGGAAUCUCUGGAUAUAAUGGGGAAUACGACACCGAAGCCUUUAAUAGGUGAGACCUAUCAUUAAUGUGCCAUUCACCAGGCUCUGGUCGAAGCAGUAUGAGUGUGAAACGGUGUGUUGUAGCCUCAGACACACAUGGCUGGUCCUGGUUCCUCCGGUACUUGUGCGUCCGCUGCGUGCAGACGCGCUUCUUCUCAUCACGGGGGAGCUGAGCGUGAUUUCCAGGGAGCGAGUCCAAACCUGCGCUCCCGCUACCGCGAUACUCCGGCUGAAUGGCACUUCUUCACAUAUUUAUGCUGAGGAUUAGAAUCAGUGAUGUGCUCUUAAUGAAAGAAAAGAGAGCAGGCAUGUAAAGUCGAAAGUGUAGCUGAUAAUUUUCACGAUCAAACAGGAUCAGCACCCACAGUCUGUUGUUCAUAAAAGCUCAUUUGCAACAAAAUUGUCAGAAAUACCUGAGUGGUAUCGGCUCAUUUUGAUCAUCAAUUGAUCUGGAAGUAAUACAUGAUCUUAAAAUGCUUUUAUGUAGAGAGACAAGUGGAUCACACUCCUCUUCUGAUCGCAUUUUAUUUGAAGAGAACAACAUUUAAGGCUACUUCUUAUUUUCUGCUUUUUUGUGUGUCACUCGAUUCCAUACCGAUCUUUUUAUAUAAUCCUAUCUUGAUACACUAUUAGUGUGCAAAUCUGCCCAUUGAAUUAAACCUAAUUUGUGUUUUUGUGCAUAUUUUGCCACAUAACCCAUUAUGUUUUUAAAGACUAUCUUCAGUUUUAAAAGGUCAGAAAAAGGACAAAACAGUACCAAAUCAGAAAAGAACUGAUGAAGAAAUGAAUAACCCUGAAUUUUAGAAUUAUACUCUUAAGUAGCUACAUGAUCCUGUUAGUAUUUUUAGUUAUAAUCAAAGCUGUAUGAUAUAAAAUGGAAUCUCAAGGGACCGUCAGUGAAAAGAUUUGAUUGUCAGCUUCAGUUUUUGCAUAAAGCUGUCAUCAUGAGCCCUCACACUCCCCAUUUUCUGACACUCAAAGCAUGUUACUUGAUUAUCAGCACCCAAUAUUAGUUUGAUUUAAUGUCUGUCGCUCUCCCACGCCCCCAACAGACCCACUUGAUGGCUAAAUGAUGUGGUUACUGCCGCCAGUUCUGGCUGUCGGAGGCUUUGGACUCAAAACACUGAGUCACAGAGGCUUGGGUCCUAUUGCGUGCUCUGAGUGGUUUCAAUUAAAAUGAAAUUAAUUGAACAAUAGCUUUUUUAAGGAGGCUUUAACUGAGAUACACAGCAUUGUGUACAAAAGGGGUCAAUUUCAUACACUAAUAGGUCUUUUGCAUGCGUUUGAGUGAUGGAAAACUCCUUGUGUACGCUUUCAAACUCACGUCAGAGAGUUUUUAAUGGAAAAUUCCUCUUCAUUACUUCUGGAAAGAAAGGUGUGACAAAACAAGUCCUUAAAUUCCCUUGAAAUGCAGAGAGAUUGACGUUUUUAGAUGUGAAUGAAAUAUAUUAUGUACUGCCCAUGUAGCCCGGGGGGGAUGGGGGGGAUGAAUAAAGGAUAAGGGGCUAAUGAUAACUCUGACGAAUGCACAUAAUCAGUUUUAGUGUGGAAGCAGCUUGCCUUGGCACCGCAGUGUGUCUUGUGGAGUCUUAUGAUUGCAUGUAUUUGUGCUCUUUAUUUCACUAGAUACACUUUUCCCACAACUGCUUCUAGCUUAAAGUAUUUAAACCACGUGUCAGAAGAAAUAUAGACCUACAAUAUGGGGGCUGUCCAACUGAGCUUAUGCGUGAUAACAACUGAUCUGAUCAAGGUCACAUGAUUAAGUUGGGGCCUUUUAAUGGAUCUAUUGAAAAAGUCUGCAAAGCCAGUAGUCAAUCUGUGCCCUAUGAUGAAGAAAAGUGAGUGACCUGCAGUGAAUACUGACCUUUGAGUGAAGCGUCUAAUUUAUCUGAAAACAAAAAAAAAGAAAAAAAAGAUUGUGUUGAUCUUUCAAAAAGGUCAUCAAGCAACACUUACUGCCAUUGAGAUGACGAGUGGAUCAAGACUGAUUCUUACAUCAGAUAAAGCCUCAGCCUUCUGUAAAACAGAUUUUGAGCUGAAUCUCAGACUAUGGCUGUGUAGUCUUUUCAACUAACUGGCCCGCCUGCACCUUAUAAAAAAAUGUUGAAGUGUUGCAUCAUCCUUAAAUUGCUCAAAAAUUGUUCCACUUUACAAAAAAUGGAGAUGACAGCUGCAUUUUUUGAAGUUGGCAUGUGGAGUUUUUGUAAACAAGAAAAAAUUAUGUUUAUCCUCGACAUUUUUCACCAAUACUCAUCAUGUGUAAACAAACAUCUUUUAGACAUUUCCCCUCUCAUAAAACAUUUGCAGAGCUGAUUAUUUCAUAAUCAAAAAACUCUACUUUUACGUCCAUGUCUACUUUCAUCAGUUGAAGUUUUUGAUGCUUUUGUCUGAACUUUAAUGCAGCUUUUGGCAGCUGCCAAUAGGUGAAAAAGCCAUGGGGCAGAAGUGGCAUGGCUGUGUUAUAUGGCAGCCAUCUUCACAGCUUUAUGUGCAUGCAUCUGCACAAGCUGACAAGUUAAGCCAGGGUGGAAAACUGCAGUUUCUUGAUUGGCCACUUGAGGCUGGCUUCAAAAGGGACUCAGUCCCCAUAGAUUUCUGCAUUAACACACCCUUUGUUUAUCAAAGCAUGUAUUUAACAUACUGGUGAAAUGUUGAAGAGCCCUCAGGUUGGUAUGGUCGCAAGCAGGUGGUGGAAAGUCAAAUGUUUUCCCUCACCAUUCUUUCCUUAUUCUGCUUGUCUGAUAAAGCCAACAGAGCUGUCAGUCAAUCAUCUUUUUGACAUCAAAUAACUAUUAAACUCUUAACGCCUCAGAAAAACCAACACUAACAAUGAUGACAGACACCAGGUUUGAAAAAAUUACUUGACAUGUAUUUGAAUGUCACAGUUUGACCCAUGUUCCAUGUGUCACUAAGAGAAAGGUGGGAUUUGUGACCCAUACUGCCGCCAGACAGCAGGGGGAGCUCUAAAUCCUUUGGUGUCACAGUCAGUGAACCAUUGUGACAUUUAUUUUAAAAUAUAGUCUGUGGGUUACUGUGGUUAGGCUAACAGGCGCCACCACCUAGGGCUAAAUUGCAUCAACACAGGGGUACUGAACAACCGUUUUAUUCAAUACACAUGAGAGAUGAACAAGAACAUUAUAAUUAUCUCUUAAUAGGGCCUCCUUGCCUAUAAAUUUGUCAAUGAAGAUAAAAGGUGUACAGUGGCACACUGCUGGUGUACUACAGCACAUGCCUCUGCCCCCCCUUGCUUCAAUUUGCUACCCAAAAUAAAGGUGGCAUCCGCUGCAAUGCCCAGCUCAAGGUUUCAAAACAUAAACAAUGAAGUGAUAAGUCAAGGCAGCAUUGUUCCCCUUUUCAAAACUGCCUAUGAUGUGUGCAAGGAAACAAACCACUGACUUUCUCAAACACACCAUGUGUCUUUGAAUUACAAAACAGAGCAUCACCUUUUUUUGUCAUUUGAGACAGUUUUUAUUAAUGUCAAUACAGAUAGUCCACAUUUAUUUAUUUUUUAUGUUUUUGGACACGAUUGCUCAAACUCAAACUUAACUGAAGCUAAAUGUUGAGCUACCCCUCACUGCAUGACCUGUUUGGCAAUGCCUUUCAUCUAAUAAUGGCCAGUGUCUAUAUCGGUCUUCAUCGUAGGUGCAGAGACCAUCCCUUUGUCAGCGAGGCAGUUGAUCCUUAGAUUUACAGGCUUAACCUUCACAUGUUUUCCACCAAACACUCCCACCAGAGUAUAUUUCACUCCCUCUAAAGCCAAAUGACUGCAGCCCAAAGAAGGGGGCACACGCUGAUCAUCUGAGAUGUUACAGAUGUUCUUGCUGCUGCUUCAUAGUUUAGAAUAUAAUCAGUGAUAAUGUGUAAUUUAGGAAAUGUACUGUGGAACAUUUCACUGAGUUAUUGUCUUUGCACCAGAUCUCAAUGAAUUUUAAACAGAAAUGUAUUCACUCUGUGGCCUGGAGCAGAGGAGAAACUGCCUCCCUUUGAAUAUUGGAUUUCUUCCAGCAUAUACCAUAAACACUCACUUAAUUUAACUGAAUAUACGAUUGAAACGACGCAAAUAAAGUCAGAACUGAGUCAUAUUAGUCCUCUGAUCAAUGUUAAUAUGCGUAUUUGAUGGUUAUAAAGAAAGUAUUCACUAAACCGGGUCAGUGAUCUCUGUAAAAAUCAAGAUAAAGAUGAAAGUUUAAAUUUUAUGUUUUACUAUUAUUCUGCUACAGAGCACAGUGUGAUUCACUCUUCAGAAGAUAAGCGUUGAGGAAUGAAAGGGGCCAUUCAGGGUUCUGUUUAUGCUGUAGGCCAAGGGAGUAUGCAUCCUUUAAAUAAGCCGAGGUCUUAUUGCAUCUGUUGUCAGCUCUGUGUGGAUUAUUUUAAUGCCCUCUCUACUGUGACACCGCUAAUAUUAGCUCCGCUCCAGUCCGUGUUGAUCUUACAAAAACCAAAUAUUUCCCGGUGAUAUAUGCACACAGGUUUUUGUCCAAAAGUACCUUUUUUGUCUAUGAUAUAAAUACCCCAUGGUUGCAGUGAGAAGACUGAUUUAGGGCAGCGGGCCUUUUUAUACUGUAAGUGUGGGAUAUAUGCUAAAAGGGACUAUUUGAUGUACUUGGUUAGAGGCUUUAAAGUGUCAGUGUGGGAAAGGAAGUGUGUGAGACUGUGGACUCCUUAACAUAACCGGCCUCUGCCCUCAAAGCUGACUGCCAUGGACCACUUUCAAAUGAGUAACAGUGUGCUGAUAUGUUUGUAUCUUUUUCCAACAGCUGGUGUCUCCUACAUAGUGGAUUUGACCGGGUCACACACAGCCAGACCUGCUCUUCUCAUACAAAGCCGUCCUCUGUGCUUGUCAAUCGCUGAUGGAUUUCUUAAUUUUAAAACUUUUAUGUCAACAGAUGCGACUCUACAACCACGCCCAGGGGCCAGCAGGCAGUACUACACCCUCCCCAACAAUGGGGCAGGUGUGGAGAGAAGAACGUCCGCCCCACCGGUAAGCAUUAACCUGGAGUCUCCUCGCUUUCAUCCUCAUGCCAAAGGCAAGAAUAUCAGGCUGGAUGGGCAGCUUCGCCGAGCUACACGCAAGAACAGCUUCUGUAAUGGCAUCACAUUCAGUCACAGGCCUGUCCACCUCUAUGAGAAGGUACAUCAUCCACUCCAUUGAAUGCCCACUCUUACAGCUUACAGUUAUAGCUUAAAGAUAAAGAAUAAAAGCCUACUUUUUGCAAUUGUUGUCUCUUCAGGUGCGUCUACGCCUGACUGGCGUGCACACAGGCUGGAGCGGAGCUCUACGCUUUGGUUUUACCAGUUUGGACCCAAGUGAACUGGUCACUUCAGACAUCCCAAAGUAUGCCUGCCCAGACCUGGUGACACGGCCUGGCUACUGGGCCAAAGCUCUGCCCGAGAGACUGGCCCUGAAGGACAAUGUGCUGUCUUUCUGGGCUGAUCGCCAUGGACGAGUCUUUUACAGCAUCAAUGAGGGAGAGCCCAUCCUCUUCCACUGUGGGCUCAGCAUCGGCUGUCCACUGUGGGCCAUUAUAGAUAUCUACGGCAUCACUCAGGAGGUCACACUGCUUGGUAAGCAUUCGAUUAGGUAGCUUGUGAAAACACUCAUGAAAAUGUAAGUGUUUUUGAUAUGUGUUUGGCUGAGAGAGGAAAGAAGAAGCUGACUCAUAUCCAAAGGGAAGUGAGAGAAGCACAUUUCACAACCAGCCAGUCAUGUGUCUGUACACAAUCCAUCAUUACCAAUUGUAUGUUUGCAUAAAAUAUUGAGCAAUGGAUGUUUUUCGUCUGUAUUGGAACUUCAAUAGUCCGCUAGAAAGCUGUCUAUUUUGACCAUCAACCCUGAAACCCUGGCAACUUAUUUUUAUAGUGUCAACACAUUCACGGCUAAUUUAAGCAGCUUCCUGACAGUUCAGAGAGCAGCUGUGCAAUGAAGGUCUACAGCAGCAGAGGUUACUGAAGUAGAAGAGGUAGAAGGGUCUGGAGCAGUUCAGUGACUAAGUGAUCCUUUACUUGUGUGACAGAACUAGAUUGUGGAGAAGACCUAACAGGUCUGGACCACAGAAGUAAACGGAUCCUCAACCACCUACUCCAAACCACUCUACAUGUACACAGGCUUAUUACAACUUUCCCGCUCUUUGUCGCUUUCCCCUCUCUCUUGGUUUCCAUCAUCCUCUCCCCUGUGGUUCCCUCUUGGACUGGCUGGGUGUGUUUAUCUUCGGUCUGACAGGAGCAAUGGCCAUGUUUGGUCAAUGCAACAGAUCCCAGGAGCUUUGGUGAGGGGCCAAAGUGCUUAACUGCUGCAGCAUCACUAGAAAUAGUAAUAGAGGAAUGUAUCUGUGGACCACUAGUGCCCAGGCUGUUUAUAUGUCACCCCCGCAUACAUAUAGAAACACAGCUGUACUGUAAAAGCUGUCCAUAAAUCAGCCAAAAUAGAGAGUCAAAGCCACCAAAACCAACAAUAGCCUUCUAAAUGGAAUAUAGUGUCUUAUGUGCAAUAAAGAUAGUAUCUCGCAAACUUGUUCAAACUCAACUUAAUAUAUUGUCUUUAAAGUUUAUGGAUUUCCUGUUAUUGGUCUUCAAAUGGACAUAUUUAACUCCAUCAUCUAAUUAUAGGAAAAGUCACAUGCAGCGAUAUGUGAAACUAGUGGUUAAUGCCAGCCAAUGUUCCCAGCCAUGGUUAUCAAGAGUCAAGCACAGCUAAUUUCUGAAACUUGUGAUUUAAGUAAGGCUGUUUAUGAUCUGUUUGAGCCAGUGUGUUCAGCACCAAGACAGGUUGGUUUCACAAUAGUUUAGCUCUAGACUUAAAGCUCUUGUUAGGAUUUUUUCUAAAUCUAAAGGUUUUUUUCUUGAGCUUUACUUCAGGAAAGUUGAAUGUACAGAACAGAUGAAAGUGGUUAUAUAAAGGGAUGCUCUUGAAUGCACCUUGUCUUGUUAAAUGAAAACAAAACGUACCUUUGUCAGUGUUUGAUAUCUGAUGUAUUAUUUGUCUCGUAAAUGCCUUCAUCAAAGAAAACACUGUUUUAAAGCUCCUGUGGUAGAUUUACCAGAUAACUCAAUACACUCUUUGAGUUUUUUAUCAUUAGGCAAACUGUCUGAUAUCUAUCCCCCAGGAGCGGUUUCACAGACCAAUAUUAACUGUAAGAAAGUCAUGUCUUGUUGCUUCUGGUCUUGUUUGCUUCAGUAGGUUAUACAAAGAUGUCAAUAUUAUAAAUGUUGAUUCAUGUUGAGCUCAGAAAUAAUCACAGCAGCUUUAAGCAUUGAAAAUCAAAGCCAACUUUAAUGCUAACUGCUAACUUUGUGAAGGCUUUUCUCGACAGUCCGUUUUGCACUGAGUUGCAGUAGUUUGACUGCUUUAUCCUCUGAUUCUUACAAACACCCUAAAGCUGAGCGUCACAUGCAAUUUUGCUCCACAGCUGAGCCCGCAAAAUGUCAGUUAAAAUGUGAUCUGCCACGCUCACAGGAAAUUAAGUACAGCAUUAAAAUUAAAAGCACAAAUAAGCUGUGCUUUUAAACUUGUUUUUCCAAAAGUUAAUACUUAAAUUUUACUUAAUUUUAGCUGAGCAAACUCUUAAUUUUGAUAUCAUGUAUACAUCUGUACUAGCUUCAGCCAUGUUUACAGUGACUCCCAUGUGAGGUUAAGGUUAUGUAGGUCAGGUGUGUAACAUGUCCGUGACCGUCAAACACACUGCUGAUUUACACAGCGUAUCUCUACACAAGACUAACGUUUAUUUAACCCACAUCAAACUCUUUGACAAGAGCAGGUUUCUGCUUUUUAGCUCUGGUUUGGUUACUUAAGGUGUCCAUCACUACAUAUGACCAAACUGUUCACCAUAUGAUCCGUAUGUACAACAUUUAAUCUUGUUUUCCUCAUCAGCCUACCUCCAGUGUGGGAAAGAGUGUGAAAAAGCUGUUCAAACAUUAACAGAGCUGUCAUAAUCAUAAAUCAAAAAUAUCUAAUGAGAAUGUUUGGUUAUUUUAGCCUUUAAUGAAAGUAGACUAAGUGUUGUUUGUUUGUUUUCUUGGUAGAUGGUUUUGUAGAUUAAAAAAAAAAAACACAUUUAAGGACUUCACCCUUGACUGCAGGACAUUGUGAUUUUUCACAGUUGUCUUGUGAUUUAUGGACAAAAAAAUAGAUUUAUUGUAAACGUUACCAGCUGAAAACCAUAAUGAAAUCAAUUAUUUGCGGCAGCGCUAUCAUGUGGCUAUAAAAACAAAAGCACACAUAGAGUAAUAAGGCAUUGCAGGGACACGCAGCUACAAUCUUCCCCUUCCAACAGUGACGUGUUGGAAAAGAGAAAAGGAUUAAAGAGAAAGGAAAUGUCCUGAGCCUCUUCAGAACACAUCACAUGAUUAAAUGUUUCAAUAAUGUAGUUUUUUUUUUUUUUCAUAUUCUCCGUCACAGAGAGCACAUUUGCAGAGAGUGUGGGCUCCAGCUGCCUGAGUGCGGCCCGUCUGAGUGCCUAUCUACCCCAGAGUAGCCACGACUCAGCCAAUUACAGCAACAAUCAGCUGGAGAAUAACCAGGCCGCCGCUGCCAAGAUGGCCAACCUCCAGCUCAAUAACUACACUCAGAUCAUCCCCUGCUGCUCCUCCACCUCUUCCUCCUCCUCCUCCUCCACACUGUCCUCAUCUUCUUCCACUGGAUUCAACGUCCCAAGGCUGGUCCGAGGCCUUCCUUCCCCUCUGGACAAUGACUUGCACUUUCACCCUGUCCGAGGUUCCGAUGUAAUUCUCUCUGCAGACCGCUCAGCUGCCUGCAUCCACUUCCUGGACAGCAGUCGGACUCUGGUCUUCAGUGACCGGCCUCUGCAUGUGGGCGAGACUUUGUAUGUGGAAGUUGGCCAUCUUGGCCUGCCGUACUUUGGAGCACUGUUGUUUGGUUUAACCUCAUGUGACCCGGCUAGUCUCCAUGCUGGGGACUUGCCGGCAGACCCUGAGGUCCUCCUGGACCGUAAAGAGUACUGGGUGGUGCACCGGGGCUUCCCCAUGCCUUGCUCUGGAGACGUGCUCAGCUUCAGUCUGCUGCCCAGUGGAGAAGUGCACCAUGGGGUGAACGGAGUGGGACGUGGCAGGCUGCUGUGUGUGGACACCUCACAGGUCCUGUGGACCUUUUUCACGCUGCAUGGGGCGGUCAACAGACUCAGGAUACUUGGUAAGUAAAAGGUACAAGUACAUAGAACUGGUCAAACUUAGGGAUAUCUAGUAAGCAGACUCUUGAAAUGCUCCUUUGCUCACCCCUCCUGUCUGUGAAGUGACGUGAACAAGAUGCUCCUGUAAUACAUGAUAGAAAUGAUCCUCUAUUUGUCCAGGUCAAAAGUGUCUAUCACUUAAAUUUUUUGGUUUGUUCCCCAACCAAUUUGUUUUAUGCAGCAACUUGCCAAAUAUGAAAACACAUAUGUGACUAGUUUGUCCAGGUGCAGCAGCUGAAUAAACUGACUAAUGAAUAAAAGUCCACAACUUGCUGAUCACACCAUUUGUUUAUUUUACUUUUAAAAAAAUUGUUCCUCCUCUUGGGCGGAGUACCCACCUAGACACAAAUAUUCCUACUUUUUAUAGAAAAAUCACAUGUCCCUAUGAGAAACAAUGAUACCAGAGCUUAAUUAUUUUGCAUUAUCUGCUCCUACACAAGUAAUUGAAUAUAAAUAUACCCAUGAAUAUCAUACUUCAUUUAUGCUAAGUAUGAUCUGCUAAAUGCUGCUAAAUACUACACAUUGCACCUUUAGACUGAAAACAGCAACAACUACAUGUGAUACGAAACCCCUGAUUUUUUGUUAUAAUUAGGAUAUUGACACUUGAACAGGAACAGAAAUCUUCAGACCAGCACUCAUGUAUGAAGUAGUCCUAUUACUAAUUGACUGCAGAAACUACAAAUAUGAGAUAAGCAUGAUUCUAAGAGUCAGAAAAAGGACGUUGAUACUGUCCAUGUAACAACCGCUUUGCAAAAGUUAACAGUCAGCACCGCGUUAGCUUAGCAUAGCAUAAGAUCUCCUAAAAGAUUGGUUUAUUUGCCAUACUGUUUCUUGCCUCUGCAAAGUUACCACACAACCAGCAGAGACUACAGGAGGGCUCUGGGUCAUGGUCCAAAAAAAUAGUCUGGCACAAAGCCAGUCGUAGAACAAUGAACUGUGAUAUAAUGUGUUAAGUCGAGGUGCUGGUAUGCAGGUUUUUGUUCUCUUUGGACAGAGCAGGAGUAGACGUUUCUCCCUAUUCCCACUGUGCUAAGUUACCCUAGCCUGCUGCAGCUUCAUUUUUAAUGAAGAAAAAUGAGAGUGGUAUCAAUCUUUUCAUUAAUUUCUCUACAGUACAGAAAACAAACAUGUGUCCAAACAACUCUAAACAAUUUCAUUCAACCUAAAGUGAUAAAUGUGCCCUAAAAAGAGGACACACUCUGUUAUCAUUAUCAGUUUACCCUUGAGUCCAUGCAACUCUUCUAAUUUAUUUUUCCCAGACUAAAGGAAUGCAGCAAAGUGGUUUAUGUCUGCAUGUGUCUGUUCGAGCUGUGACCUAUCUGUCCCGGUCCCACUACUCCCACAUGAACUCCCAUCAGCUCAGACCCCAUUGUUAACAGCUUCUGAUCCAACAAUAUUAUCCUCCAACAGGCUACAAGUAUCCCCAGUGAAACUUCAAGCAAUAAAAAUAAGCAUAUCUAAUCUGACCGGUUUGGGACAGUCAGUAUAAAGCUCUGCACUCAGUUCAAGGACAUAGUUUAAUAUACACUUUGUGAAUGCACCAUCUAAAGGCUCGACAUAAGACUAAUUAUCGAGUGUUUAUUCAUGUGUAUUUAUCUUUUUGACACAGGAACUCUGCAGUCCAGUCCUCCCUCCACAUCCCCCAGCACUUCCCAAAGCAGCAGUCCAGAUGACAGUGACUCAGACCUGGCGUUCAGCGUCAACAGAUCCUCCUCGGCCUCUGAAUCCUCCCUGGGUACGUUUCCAAACCCUGACAUCAUACAUCAACACUAAAAUGUAUGUGGAAACCAUCAUAGGGUCACAGCAGGAGACUCUGCGGAGGCUUUUAUUAUAUGUGUCACUCACAGAGGCAUGCGAGGCAAGAGGUUUUAAUCUGCAGUGAAGGAUGUGGGGCUUUAAUGGUUUAAUAAAGAUUAGAAAUUGGAGGGGAAGUUUGUGCUCUGCUUGCCUUUUAUUAAGAAUAAAGCAAGUGUGAUAGUCAGAGGGAGAAUACGUAUAAAAAAGUGACAUUAUUUUAAAUCCCAACUAGGCAUGCUCUUAACAUUCUGUCAGAUUUAAUCUAUAUUGCAUUAUAUGUAUUUUUUUUUAAAGCAGAUUUUUGUAAUAUUAUUUGUACCGACUUAACAUUAUCAGCACAAGUACAAAAAACAUCAGUGAAAAAAUGUGAGUUUUGACAGAAACCUGUAUUAGAACCAGACUCAUCAGUGAACAGCCAUCUGCCAAGACUGAAGGAUCUCAGGAUGACAGACAGCUAGGAAUAAAAGGAAAGAGGUGGAUGAAUAAACAGAAAGACUACAGCAAAAAUCACAACAAACUGUAGACUUAUAUUAGAAGUAUGCUGAUGAUAUGAGAAUUUUGACAAAUGUUGGUAAUGACAGGUAUCUUAAUGAAAAUCAAAGUCUAAAAGACUUUUCUGUCAACAUGGAUCUAUGCCUGUUUCAGACCCACUCAUGUUGCCUUUUCUUUUCCUCCAGUGACAGCUCCCAGCUCCCCACUCAGUCCUCCAGUCUCUCCCACUCUCCCCGCCUCAGAGCUGCCCCCUGCUGCAAAGAACGGAGAAUGCACCAUUUGUUUCGACCAGGAGGUCGACACAGUUAUCUACACCUGUGGUCACAUGUGUCUGUGCAACGACUGCGGGCUCAAGCUAAAGCGACAGAUCAAUGCCUGCUGUCCGAUAUGCAGGAGACCCAUCAAAGAUGUGAUCAAAACAUACCGGCCAUGAUGGUGCAGAUGUUUAGUCAUCAGGUGCUGAGACUUUCCCUGCUAAAAGCCACCUGUGUCCUCUUCUCAGGCUCUGAUGGACCUGGAUUUUGGAGAUUAGCCAUCCCAGGACAACUUGUGCCUAUAUUUCCAUUUUAUAAGGGUUUAUAAUUUCUGGGGAAAGACCCAGCUCCUUAUACACAGAACUAUGAAAGAACUCAUGGAAACACAAAGACUGCACUCAUGAGUUCCUAUAUUUUGGCUAAGAAAACAAGAUGAAUCAUGCUCCUGUUUUAUAUUUUCCAUGGGAUGUCUCUUAUGUCACAUGUAUUUACUGUGCAGAAAUAUUCUGUGAACAUUUUGUCCGUCCCUUGCUGUCCUAGAUUUAUGUGUGCUUCAGCAGAAUAGGCAGACUGUAGUCUAUGAAUCCUAGUGCCUUAGAUUUUUUGUCACUAUGUGCGUCCAAAUAAUAGUGCUAACAAUCCUAGCCAUAUUUUUAAUGUACAGUACUGAAGGCUUGUGGUGUAGAAGGCACAGAGGUUAAAAAAGUGUAAAAGUAAGUACAGAGAUGUGACUGUAUGGUGAAUGUGUUCAGUGACAUGCUUUCAGAAAAGGAUGUUUGGAAAGUACAAAGGGAGGAGUCUGGUUUUGCACAGUGAGAGGUUAAUAAAAGUGGGCUAAAUGUGA